AUGAAGUCGGAGCUUUGCUAUGCGGAGGAAAUAGACACCCGGGGCAUCAAGGCCGCUACGUCAGGUGUCGACCGCUUCCCCUCCGAUCAACUCCACGGAGCUCUUAUCACCAGUCGACAAUCUACCAGCAAAAUGGAGUCUGAUCGCAAGGACAAGUUCGCUAUACACGAAGCCGCCCGGGAAGGAAAUGUUCAAACCGUCGAGUCGCUCUUGAGCGCUAACCCCAGGCUCGCAAGAACGAAAGACGAUGAUGACCGUCUUCCAAUUCACUGGGCCGUGUCAUACAAUCGAUUUCCUGUCGUGGAGUUACUAGUAUCCCAGAAGAACUUCGAUCCUGACGUUGAGGAUGGAUCUGGUUGGACCCCACUCAUGAUCGCAGCUAGCCUGCGAGACGCCGAAGGCGACCCCAUCAUCGAGCAGCUCCUACAAAAAGAAGCCGACGUAAACGUCAAAAGCACAUCCGGCCAAACAACCCAGAAUGCCCUCCACUUCGCAACCUCCAAAAUCAACAUCACAACAGUCCGCCUCCUCCUCGCCAACAAAUGCAGCGCCAGAGUAAAAGACAAGCGCGGCCAACUACCUCUCCACCGCGCCGCAGCCGUCGGCUCAGUGCCCAUUAUGAAAAUGCUCCUCGAGGAAGGGAUGAGUCCUGUUAAUGCGACGGAUAUGGAUGGUUUGACGGCUUUGCAUCAUGCUAUUGCGGAGGGGCAUGGGGAUGCGGCUGUUUUCUUGCUUAAGGCUGGGGCGGAGGCUGAUAAAAGGGACUCGGAGGGAAAGUUGGCGAUUGAUUUGGUUCCUGAUCAGAAGGCAGGUGCUUUCUAUCUUGUUUUGUUGGAAUGAGAGGCUAAUGCAUGACAGGUGCGGGAAUAUAUCUUGCGUACCACUGAGAAGGAAGGCGUUGAACUUCCUUAAAUCAGUGAGGAUC